AGCAAAACUGUGUCAACAGUAAACGGACAGAUCCGGUAUCUCUCCUGAGGGCAAAUGUUCAGUACAUGUAAAUUUUCAGUGUGGAUUUUAAGUUUAAAGUCAUUCUUACCUUACAAAAGAGAAAUGUUACAGAAUAGAGUUAAACCUAAUCUGGUCCGGUCGGUGUUAGUGUCACUGACCUUGCUUACAGCAGACGCUGUGAUCCCCCCUCCGUGUUCCUUUGAGUCUGGUAUGUUGUGUACGUGGGUACAGAUGCAUAAUGACAACUUUGACUGGAAGAUUAGACAGGGUCACACGCCUUCCCUCGAUACUGGACCUAUGGCUGAUCACACUUAUCAAAACGCCUCCGGACAUUACAUAUACUUAGAGACAUCUCAGAAAAAUUACGGAGAAAAAGUGAGAAUAAAGAGUGCAUUCUUCACCCCAUCCAUGACAACCGUAUGUAAGGUAAGGAGCUCCUGUUGGCGUGACAGGAAGAGUAGUUCUAGGAAUGGAACGCUAGCACGUUUUGUGGUGUUUAACGCCCUUUCACAAGUUUGCUUAUAG